CUAAACAGCUCCUCCCCGAGGGAGGAGAAAAGACAUAACUGAUUUACAAGAAUAACUUAACGACGUUAAAACAAAACAGGACUGGUGCUAGUGGCAGCCUGGGAAGGGUCUGAAGGUGACAGCUGUCGGAGCGACACGCUGAAGGCUUUGCACAACCAUGUUUGCCCGUCGCUUGCCUUUGUGGAGGUCCAGCGCUACCUGCAAGCCGUGGCAGAUGGGUCUCUCUCUGCGUCACGGCUGGGAGAGGUGCCAAGCCUGGAGCUGUAGAGGAGUCAACACAACAGCAGAGCAGGGGCAACAGGUCAGCAUGCAGCAGAACCAAGUAUUAGAAGAUCUGGAAAUGCCUGUUGUGAGAAGAGAAACCGAGAACCUCUUCCAAGAGCGGCCCGAGACUGGGAACCAGUAUCUGGAAGAUGCUUUGCUUCGAAGUUACCUGAAGGCACACCUUCCUCCCAAGGUACUGGAGGAGGUGAGUCAGGACCUGGAGAGGUUUGGAAACCGUCUGCUCACCGAGGUCAAACCCCUGGGAUGGGAAUGCGAGUUGAAUCCCCCUGUGUUUCGGCAGUACGAUGCCUGGGGGCAGCGGGUGGAUCACAUCAUCACCUGCUCGGCCUGGAAGAGGAUGAAAGAGAUUUCAGCAGAAGAGGGGCUGAUUGCUGAGGCCUAUGAGAGAAGAUAUUCCAACUGGAGCCGUGUGCACCAGGCUGUCAAACUGUACUUGUUCUCAACCACCUCUGGAGGUUUCAACUGUCCGCUGGCCAUGACUGAUGGAGCAGCCAAAGUCAUUGAGUCACUAGGUAUGCCUGCAUCCCUGAAAAAUGCUUUUGACCAUCUGACAUCCCGGGACCCCAAGAAGUUCUGGACCUCUGGCCAGUGGAUGACCGAGCGCAGGGGGGGCUCUGACGUGGCUAAUGGCACGGAAACAGUGGCCAGAAAGCAGCCAGAUGGCACGUAUCGUCUGUAUGGUUUUAAAUGGUUUACAUCGGCUGCUGAUUCUGAUGUGACAUUAACCCUGGCCAGGAUAGCAGAUGCUGAAGGACAUGUAAAACAGGGUUCCAGUGGCCUGUCGCUGUUCUUCCUGAAGGUUCGAGAUGAAGACAAGAAGCUGAACAAUAUCCGAGUGCAAAGGCUGAAAGACAAGUUGGGCACACGGCAGAUGGCAACAGCAGAGCUGUGGCUGGAUGGAGCUGAAGCAGAGCUGAUCUCUGCAGAAGGUCGUGGAGUGGCCUCCAUCUCCAACAUGCUGAACAUAACUCGGAUCCACAACGUCAUUGGUGCUGUAGCUUCCAUGAGAAGGAUGAUCAGUCUGAGCAGGGAGUACGCCCUUAAGCGGGUUGUCUUCGGGAAGCUCCUCAAAGACCAUCCCCUGCACAUGCAGACAAUAGCCCGGAUGGAGGUGCAGACGCGGGGGGCUUUUCUUCUGCUCAUGGAGAUCGCUCGGCUGCUUGGACUUGCAGAAACCAACAUGGCAAGUGAGCAAGACCAGCUUCUCUUGAGACUGCUUGUACCCGUUGCCAAGCUAUACACUGGGAAGCAGGCUUCUGCCACUGUUAUCGAGGCAAUGGAGUGUUUUGGAGGACAAGGUUACAUGGAGGACACAGGCUUGCCGGUCAUAGUUCGUGAUACUCUGGUGCUGUCUAUAUGGGAGGGAACAACAAAUAUCCUGUCACUUGAUGUCCUGAGAUCCCUCACCAAGAGCCAAGGGCAGGUGAUAGCUGUGUUCUUCUCCACAGUGCAGAAAAAAAUUGAGCUGGCUUCGAGCACUGCAGAACUGGAACCCGCGGUGAAGCAAAUGCAGGCUGCCAUCAGCCGUCUCACCCAGUUCAUCCAAGGAGCUGGUUCGAAGGAGGCAAUGACCAUGGAGCUGGCUGCAAGAGACUUCUCUUACUCCCUAGCAAGGAUCUAUGCAGGAGCUCUUUUAAUUGAACACGCAUCUCGGCCUGACGCCUCUGCUGAAGACAUCUCUGCUGCUCGAAGGUGGUGCAACCAGGAACUGUGCCCUGUGGCCACGGAGUUCAAGAACAGAAGCUACGAGGCUGAGGAAUCGCUCAUGGACAGCUCCCUGGUGUACGGCAGCCCCCCCAGCACCAGCAGGCUGUGACUCGGCACAGCACAACAGGUAACCCCGUGUAAUUCUCUUGCAAUUCCCAAGCGCUGCCAAACCUGGCUGAGGGCAGCUCUGAAGCUGCUGUAAAACCCGAUGGGGCCCCUGCGCGUGAGCGAGCCCAGAGCACCGACCUCCCCUCGGCAGCGUCUGAGCCACGUCUCUGCGUCCCCUUCCAGCACAGCACAACUCGACGCCGCCUCGUAACCACCUCUGGACCCCGUUUCCUCAAUUCCUUGUGCUGAGUAACUCAGGACCUACUAGAGGGACAGUUACAGAACCACAAAGAUCCGGACCCCCCGGAUCUGCUCCGUGACCUCAGCAUCAGCUCAGCGCUCCUGCAGGCGGCUGUUCCCGUCGCAACCUCAGCUCCAAACCUUCUCCAGGCCUGGACCCCAUCCCGCCCCGGCAGCCCCUCGUGCUCCUCCACAGCCUCUUCCCCUUCACUCCUGGAGGAAGAGCUUUCAGCUUUUCACCCCCUGUGCUCACCCUCCUGUAGGAUGAAGCUGUGCCCAGCCUGCAGCAUCGCUGCUGCCCACCCCCUCUUGCUGCUGGGCUCGCUGCCGUCCUGCCUGUGGCCGGGGGGCGUUCAAAGGGAUCGGUUUUUCCCUCACCCCCAGCAGAUAUAAGCUGCUCGCAGGGCCUGUGCAGGAGGAGGUCGUUUUAAGAAAACCACAGCAGGGCAGCCAGCACCGAAGCCGCGCGCUGUGACAGCCGCUCUGCCCUCCCUUUGGGUUUUCGGGCUGUUUCAGAGCUGGAACAAAAGAAAAGAGGAAAGGAUGCUCGUUAGGAAGAAUCGAUCACUGGAAAUGCCGCUUGGGUGCUCCCCUCACAGAGCUGCCAGGUGAUGCUGCUGGCUCCGCUACGGGGAAGGUAAAAGUCCUCCGACUCCCGCGCAGGACUCACGGGGUUCAGGGUUUGCUCCACGUUUCUUUAAUGGGGACAUCCGAGAAGCGCCGUGCCCAGGGCUGAGCAGUGGCACGCACGCAGCCUGCAGCCACUGUGCUGGAGGAAUGGGUCACUGAAAAAGCACUCAGAAGGAACUCAAGUGUGAAAGGAGCUAUAUGAAAUCAAACGCUGGUGUGUAAUUGAAAACCCGCUGUUCCUUUGCAUGUUCUGAAUAAUGCAAAAACAUUCUCUAUACCUUUUUUUUUCUUCUACUUCUUGAAGCUGAAAAUACUACCACCAGCUGUGCUCACAGCUCUGCCCAGAACCUGCAGUUUUAUUUGAUUAAAUAAAUACCUUCAGAUUAUAAAGCAA